AUGUAUACGGCACUUCCCGCGACCUCCCCGAUUUACCUGAACUUUGAUCAACGGUGGCUUCCCACGCCCUUUCUGCUCUUACCCUACACCGUCGACGUCACUGGGCAGUUACAGCCAACAAUCCAGGCAUCUGGCUAUUCCUGCCCUGUACCUACCUGUACGCCAUCCUCAUCUUUUUCAGCACCCUGUGCUGCCACCAUCUUCCUAGUUCCUGCCCUGUACCCACCUGCACGCCACACCUGCACGCCAUCCUCGUCUUUUUCAGCACCCUUACAUAUAUUGACUGCGUUCUUCUUGUCACGCUCUUCACUUCAAUCACAACCCUUCCACAUGUGUCCUAACGAGACUUUAAUUUAUCACGGCUACAUUGGAUGUGCACCGGUGUAUCCAACUGUUGCUAUAUCUCUCCGUACCCUUGCUGCUUACCAACAAACACAUCGUGUGUGCCCUUCAUUUGGUUUUCAAGCGCAGUGCAAAGCUCUCUGCUUUCUUCACAGCCUUACCCUCACCGCACAACUAUCUUCCGCCUUCGACAUCUAUUUGGAAAUUCUCCAUUGUGUGGACCAAUGCCUUCACAUGGCCCUGAAACGUGAUACUCCAAAUUGGCGCCUUCUAAACUCCUGUCCUGCAUGCUUUUACAAGCUCGAGGAUGAGCCUAAUCUGGAAUUUGAGUGGCUCGCUCGCUCUGACUUUUGGGUUGAUGCAGAGUCUGUGGACAAAUUCAGCGGCGAAUUGAGAGCACGGGCAGCGGAAGACAACGAUGUUGAGAAUACAGCAGCUGAGACCAACCCUGCCCCAUUCAGUUGUGCCGAUCGGUGGAAAAAUGCAGGUCCGGAAACUCGCAAGAAGAUGUUUUCGGUGUUUGAUGAAUCGGGAAUCUUCAUUGCAGCAUGUCAUCAUCGGUUCGUGCUUAUUGCUUGUGAUAUGAUCCGAAGCGGAGAAUUGGCAAAAUACCCACUUGCCAUCAUUGACAAACUGCUUACGGUCUACGGCAAGAACGGUGCAUGUGCAUAUGAUAUAGGCUGUGCCUUUACCAAGACAUUAGGUACCAGCGCUCUAGGGCCACAAGCGCGAGAGCUUGGGUUUCGUCUUAUGGUUGGGGCAUUCCAUGGGCACGCUCACAAUCGCAUGUGUCAACUUGAUUGGCAUCCAAUGUACAUUACAGGAACUGGACACAGUGAAGGAGAGGGCUGUGAACAUGUAUUUUCUGCAUCUAAUGCUCUUGCACGUGGCACCCGACAUGCAAGCAAAUUCCACCAGCAUCAGACAAUUGAGCAACACUUCGCAUUUUGGAAUGAUGACAAAUAUGCUAACCUUAGCAACUUUUUGUGGAAUCACUACCUCGAGGCCCUAAAAUCAAUUGAGACCCUUACUGUUGAGCUAUCCGCUAUCAAAUCGGAGCUGAACAUUACCGAUGAUGACUUCCUGCGCUACUUCGAGCAAGAACGUGCUUAUCUACAUAGCUUGAAAGAGCCGCCUGCAAGAGACCAGCUUUGUAUCCGUUAUUUGUUUUUAUAUGUAGAUAUGUCUGACGUUAACAAUCUCAGAACUGAUUGGCAUGCAGCACGGAUUGCAGCUAGCAGCUUGCAGAAGAUUAAUGAAGCGCUCACACAAGCUCGGAUCCGAGUCGAUUCAUCAUAUGCGAAGUUACAGCACGCAGAAGCGCUAGUGGCGCAUGUCGAAAUUCAGCUCACUGUGGAAGCACGAUGGGAGGUAGGUGGCCCAGAAUACAAUGAAUUCAAAAUGGAGGCACGUAUAGGCAAGUAUCGUGCUGCACUUGAUGAGCUGGAGCGCCUCGUAGUCAUGCGUUUAUUUGAGCUUUCCAAACUUUCGUUGUCAGGGACAGGCUACAAACUACAUCAGCAGAUCAGCAAGGCUUUACAACGGCGUUCCGAGGCUAUCCGAAAUGCGAUAAAUCGGUAUAACAUGCAGGCUGUCGCCCUAACUCCCCCGCGCCCAAAGAUUUCGUGGAAAGACAUCACGGACUAUAGUUUUCUUGGCGAAUUUGAUUUGUUGUGCCAUUCACGUGCCGACAUUCGCAGCAAUGAUUGGGCCAAACUGGCCCAUCGAGAAGCAACUAAUAAAUUUUUCAAGUUACGCCGCGCUCAUGAAGAAGUCAAGCGACUUAACGUUGAAGUUCGCCGCUUACGCACUGCAAUUCACACUGAGGAACUCCAAACCUCUGCCGUCAUCAAUGACUUGCUUCUGUCGGACCCAAGACUGGCUGCAGAGCUGCAGCGCCAAUGCCGUCCACGUGCUGCUAUCAAUGCCGUCCAUGUGCUGCUAUCAAUGCCGUCCAUUGCUAUCGCUUAG